UCCGGAAAUAGCGUACGUCAUUGCCAACAGAUUCAUAUUUCCAUCGCUUGUUCGUUGCUGAGAAAAAUCGUCGGUUUUAGCGACGUAACAUAUUGCUAAUAAGUGUGAAAUAUUGUGAUAAACUUCCUUUUAGCAUUAGUUAAUCUAGUUCAAUUUUAAAUAAUUCAAAAUGUUUAUCUUGGAUUGGUUCACUGGUGUUCUCGGAUUCCUUGGUCUGUGGAAGAAGUCAGGCAAGCUACUGUUCUUGGGGCUGGACAAUGCUGGCAAGACCACACUCCUGCACAUGCUGAAGGAUGACAGAUUGGCGCAGCAUGUACCCACAUUGCAUCCCACGUCGGAGGAGCUGUCAAUAGGCAGUAUGCGUUUCACGACGUUCGACUUGGGCGGGCAUCAGCAGGCGAGGCGCGUGUGGCGCGACUACUUCCCGGCGGUAGACGCCAUCGUGUUCCUAGUGGACGCCUGCGACCGCCCGCGCCUGCCCGAGUCCAAGGCCGAGUUGGACUCACUGCUCACUGACGAGACACUCAGCAACUGCCCCGUCCUCAUCCUCGGCAACAAGAUCGACAAGCCCGGCGCAGCCAGCGAGGACGAGCUCCGUCAGUUCUUCAACCUGUACCAACAGACCACUGGAAAGGGCAAAGUAUCCAGAUCAGAGUUGCCCGGCCGACCCCUGGAGCUGUUCAUGUGCUCGGUGCUGAAGCGCCAAGGCUACGGCGAGGGCUUCCGUUGGCUCGCCCAGUACAUCGACUGAGCUGCGCGGGCGCACGCACGCCGCCACUCGGCUCGCUUAUACUCGCGUAUGCUUCUCAUAUAAAUGUCAAACUAAACGUAGCCGCCCAAAUGCAAUAAUCUACUUUGUGCCUGUGUAUCAUUUAAUUACUUUAUAUACUUUAUGAUAAUUAUCAAAUACUUCAAACUGUUGCUUCGAAGAUGACGGACAUACACUUCGUGACUGAUGCUUCUCUUAACUAGUAGUGUGGACCGGCCUCGGUUUCUGAACCGCCCCAGCUACAAGCAGUAAGCGGCUACGUUCUCACGAUGUAUAUAUGCUCGAAACGCGCCCGUUUGUAAGCAGCCAACAAUCGCUCACUAGUAAUGCUUCAUUGUAAUGGUUGGAACAUCUCAACAGAGAGUAAACUAUUAUUCUAAACGAAUCCUUUAUUAAUGUAAGGAUCAACUUAUCAAUUAAAUAAUAAAUAAUUUAUUAUACUGCCCCUUUUUCCUAGGUUAAGUAAGUAACUAAUUCGGCAUUGCCCUGACUGUAGCUGCGCGCUCCCUGCACGACGUACGGGAGGCGUCACUCGCAGCUACAUUUAGAAUGCAAAUAUUGAAGUACUUAGUUGCUAGCAGUACUAGUGUUAAAGUACAAAGUGUGUGCGAGCCGAGCAUUACUAGUUAGCGAUGUGUCAUGCACCGCGGUUCUACAAUAUCUCAGCUACGAAUAGCGACUAGCUGUAUCGUUCAGUGAUUUUUGUUUUUGGCUGUAAACUACUGAAACAACAAUAUUAUUAUUAUUAUUUUACGUAAGUCAAAUGAUUGCGUCAGGGGUUUCAAGAAUUUUAGGUUUGUGAAACCAUAUAAAUUUGUGUCUAUAUAAAUAAGGUAAUGGUGCAAAGCAUGGUAAUUUUGGUAUUAUGUAUCAUUUCAUCGCCAAAUAUCUUCAACUCUCGAGACAAAGUCGCACUAACUAGUACAAGCAGCUUUGUCGUCUCUGUCUCUUCAAUUCUAUUACAGUUAUUUUAGCGCUGCAGCAGUCUGUCUACUGCUAUAUACAAUUUUAAUUCAAAUUAUAAUAUUUAUUUUCUUAUUCUCAUUCCAACUUGAGUGAUAAUAUUGACUCGAUUAUGUAUUUAUCAAUUAAAGCUCAUUGUGUUGUAUGUGUUAAAGUGACGAAUGUUAUAUUUUUGUAAAUUAUUUCAAUCAUUUGAAUUUUUCGGAAUGUUUAAAUAGACAUUGUAAGAAACGGCUAGUCUACGUUAGUGCUAGCUGAGACAAAAUGAAUUUUAAUACUUACUCAGUUAAGGUUUAUAGUAUACAAGUAUCUUCCAUUAAUACUUAUUGACAUUACAGUCAAGUGGAACACAACAGUAUUUCAUGAUUUCGGUUUGUUUUCAAGCACAAUCAAUUCGAUUUAUUUAUCAAACACGUAUUUUGUUUAAAUCAGGUUUGUAAGCAUCACAUCGGUAAUUGAAUAUUGUUUUGAUGUUUUCUAAUAUGUUUAUAACUUAGUGAAUUGAUGUGAAGCGCGAGAGCCCGAGACUUGCUUGUUGCCGGUGGUCGCCUCGCUAGACAAGCCGUUUCCAAUCAUAACUUAGUUGCGAUCAACGUGUGCUGGAUCUCCAGCUUUACUUAGACAAUGUUCUUUGGUAUAUUAUUUGCAGUUUAAGUAAAAAAAACGUUUGUAAUAAAAUUUAUAUGAAAUAA